AGUAUUUCCUAAUUCGGGCACUCCGCCCGCUGUGCUGCUGUGGUUGGGCAGCAGCUGAGCCCCACAGUGGGCUCUGAGCUGGGAAAGCUGAGUGCAUAAAACAACAGGGACACGCUGUUAUUUGCAUCUCUGCUCGUGAAGAGUCGUGGAGGGACUCACAGAGGGAAACGACGAUGGAUGUUUGGUACUUGGGGAAGUUCUGCUCGCUGAUGUUUCCCUACAGCUGUUGUGACCCGGCUGCAGGAUGGCCGGCGGUUGCUGGGGCUCUCCAUCUCAUGGCUGGCAGAAAUGGGAGUUUGCAGUGCUUGCCAUCGAACCACCAGAACAGGAGGUGUCUGUAACACACCUCACUGACAGCACCAGGAGUUCUGUGCACAUGGAAAGCGGUGGGAGCCACCAGGCCGUGGGAGCACCAUGGAGAGGAGGCAGCGCAGCGCGAGGAGCAGCCCAGCGUCACCACCUCCUGCUCGGGCUGCUGGCCUGCAGCCUCUGCUCAUUCCCAGCCCGGAGCCGUCAUACCUCCAGGAAGUCUUUUCUCCUCUCGCUGACUUCACGUGCGCUGCGUGUGAGUUAAGGCACAGGGGUAUGCUGAGUGCUGCAGCUUUCUUUUCUCAGUCCCCACUGAGACAAAUCGAAACUUCUCCCUUCUGUCGGCAACGGAGCUUCUCUGCACUGCAGCAACGUGCUGUGAGCUGACGCGGCUGGAACGGAACCGCCUGAAUUUCGGCUGGAGCCCAAACGUGGCAGCCCGGCGGUGCCUGGCAGGCGUGAGGGCGGCCGUGUUGUUGAAGCGCCCCACGUUGCCAACCAGCAGAAGUCGGCGUGGUGCUCGGCGCGCUGCUCUCGAUAAGGAAGUGGGAAACCUCACAGAGACGACGGGAUGCUUUUUCUAAAGAAAAUGUCGACGUGAAGCAGACGCAGUGCUCGGACCGGGAGAGGAGAUGUGUGUGCAGAGCAGGGCUGGGAAGGGGCAGCAGGGCUGCGGGGGGGCAGGAGGUGGAAGGAGCAGGAAGCGCCGCGCUGCCCCGCAGCACUGCUGGUGUCCCCGCGGCCCCACGCAGCCUCACGCGCUCAGCGGAAGCCGUCGGCUCCGUGCCGGUGCUGCCGCAGCACAACUGAUACCACGCCGGCUUUCGUUCUGUACAACUGCACUUUCUAUUUUACAGCAGUGAGAACUGGCCUUGGUUAACAGGCUGAGAGCUGCAGCCUUCCCGAAGAACCCUUCCUGCUGCCAUUGAGGGCCCUGCAUGGACCGGCGCUGCGGCGCUCACAUUCACUUGCUGCCUCGUUACCUGACUUCUCCUUUUCCUCUGGCAAAUAAUGAGCCCGUGCACACGUCUGCAGAAGGAAGGAAGGAAGCCAGGGGUACUGAAAUCAAGAGUUGAGUCUCAGUGGUGUGGAUGAGUGAGAGGAGGUUCUGAAAGCAGCAAAGCCAGGACCUGCAGCACUGGGUGCUGCUGAGUGCAGGAGGGCACACGGGGGGCACAGCUCCCAGCGCUCGCAUUGGAGCAUCGUGGGCUGAGUGCUGCUUGUCCGUCCUGAGCCGCUCAUCUCAGAAGUUCUGCUGCAGUCAUUAUUUAGAAGUUCUGAGUUGGUUUCUUUUCGUCGCAGCCCCUGCCGGUGCUCUGAGCCGCGCGUCCAUCGCAUCGGGGACUGUGAAGCUGUGAAAUGGCAGUGAUGGGGAUUGCGUGCCAUGGAGCUCCCGCUCCGCCCGCCAAGCAGCAGCAGGAGCUCAGUGCCACCAAAGGGCUGCACGAGGCCGCGAGCGAGAAGCAAAACAGCGUCUGCAAAGUCGAGGACCCAAAGAAAGCCAUCUUCCAUAGUCAGUGGAAAAUCCUCAACGACGUCAUCACCAAAGGAACAGCAAAAGAAGAAACAGAAGGAGGCUGCGCGUCCAUCUCCAUUAUUGCCCAAGCAGAGUGUGAGAACAGUCAGGAGUUCAGCCCCACUUUGUCAGAGAGAUCCUUCAUUGCCCACAGCAAACGUUACAGCCGCUCAGACAGCCUCGAUCAGAUCCCAAACAAUGUGGCUCAUGCGACGGAGGGGAGGAUGGCUCCCACCUGCUGGAGGGGGAGGCAUCGUGGUAAGGCGAAGAAGAAGCGUCACAAGAAACGAUCCAAGCUGAAAAUGCAAACAGUGGCUGCUGGCAGACGGGGCCCCAGAACUCCAGAACAGGAAAGCUGCACUCCGAUUCCCGUCCAGGAGGAUGAAACGCACCACAGUGCUCUCUACAGAAACAGCUUUUGGUUAUCAGAACUGAACAAGAGCUUGCUUUAUGAUCCACCCCCGUUUGAGAAACCCGAGAAAGUUCUGUCUGCGGGCAAGCUCCAUUCAGUGGGCAGCCAGCACAAAACUGACUUGCACAAGCUGAUAAGCCCUGUCCAGUGCCUUAAUCAUGUCUGGAAACUGCACUACCAGAGGGACAACGUCCCUCACCCUGAAACUCUCCGCCCUUUUCCAUACAACAUCGUGCCCCCUCCCUUCCCACACCUGGACAAUCCUAUCCAUCCCAUGAAGCUUAAUGCUCUGGAGACGUAUUUCCAUCGUGAUCUCAAUUACCCAGACAGUGAGCAUCGCUUGUCUGGCCUAAAGUUGGGAUACAGCUUCCCCAAGUGCGUCAGCCAGUCCGUGAAAAGCAGCUUGGACAAGGUUUCUGUGGAAGAAUACUUGGUGGACGCCUUGAAGGGCAGCGUGAGCCUCGGGGAGCCGCAGAACCUGGCCAGCCUCGCCAAGACGUGGAGGGGAGGCAGUCUGGACCCGAAGGAACAGUUUCAAAAGGCAGAUGAGAAUGAAGGCGUGCUGCUCACUGAGAAACUAAAGCCAGUGGAUUAUGAGUACCGAGAAGAGGUUCACUGGACCAAGUGCCACGGCUCUCUGGGCAUCGGCUCUUUUGGAGAAGUGUACAAAGUAGAGGACAAGCAGACAGGAUUUCAGUGUGCUGCCAAAAAGGUGCAGGUCGAACACUUCCGUGCAGAGGAGUUAACGACGUGCGCGGCGAUAACGAGCCCUAAAGUUGUGCCGCUGUACGGCGCCGUGAAGGAGGGGCCUUGGGUGACCAUCUUCAUGAAGCUGAUGGAGGGUGGAUCACUGGGUCAGCUAAUUAAGCAGAGCGGCUGCCUGCCCGAGGACAGAGCCCUCAGUUACCUGGGGCAGGCGCUGGAAGGUCUGGAGUACCUCCACGCUCAGAACAUUCUCCAUGGAGAUGUGAAAGCGGAAAACGUGCUUUUGUCUGAUGAUGGGAGCAGAGCUCUGCUGUGUGAUUUUGGUCACUCUGCUCACCUCCAUCCCGACGGCUUGGGGAAGUGCUUGGUCACAGGGAACUACGUGCCUGGCACAGAGACACACAUGGCUCCAGAGGUGGUCCUGGGGAAGCGCUGCGACUCCAAGGUGGACGUGUGGAGCAGCUGCUGCAUGAUGCUGCACAUGCUGAACGGGUGCCACCCCUGGACGCAGUAUUACAACCAUCCCCUUUGUCUGAAGAUCGCGAAGGAGCCGCCGCCUCUGAGGGAAAUUCCACCUUCCUGCAACCCCCUCACUGCUGAGAUCAUUAAAAUGGGUCUGGAGAAGGAGCCGGUGCAGAGGGCGUCUGCGUCUGAGCUGAGGACCAAGGCCAGCACUGCGCUGCGAGAAGUGGGAGGUGUGACAAGCCCCUGGAAAGGCGAAUACAGGGAGCCCAGGCGUUUGGCGCUGCACAAAGAGAACAACCCCCAGACAUCCCUGCCCCCCGCAGUGAGCCCCACUUCGGCCACUCCUGACCCGGAACCGGCAGCCCGAGGCUGCUGUGCCAGCCCUGCGCCACCACCGGCCCUGGAGCGAGCGAGGCAGGCCGAGGGAACCCGCUGGAAUGAGAGCAGGGAUCUGUCCAGGACCUGGGAUCCUCCUCCUCUCUCCUCCACUCCCCUCCCCUUGAAGAGCUGCAGCCAUACAGAGAGAGCAACCACCAUUUCUGAACAAGAGCUCCAGCAGCUGGAAAUAGAGCUGUUUCUGAACAGCCUUUCUCAGCCGUACUCACUGGAAGAGCAGGAACAAAUGCUUUCGUGUCUCAGCAUUGACAGCCCGUUUGUGUCAGACGCCAGUGAGAAGAACUCCAUGAAGGCUUCCCUCAGCCUGCGGGACACCAUGAGCUCCGGCAUCCAUUCCUGGAACAGCCAGACAGACGGACAGAGCUUCAGCUGGAACAACGUGCUGAGCCGCGGCCGCCACACGGACACCCCCAGCUGCUUCAAUGGAGUGAAAAUCCAGAUCCAGUUGCUAAGUGGAGAAAAUUUACACAUCAGGGAUUUCCACAGGACAAAGGUGGGAGACAUUGCCACUGGGAUAAGCAGCCAGAUACCCGUCCCCGCCUUCAGCCUGGUGACGAAGGAAGGCCACCCCAUUCACUACGACAUGGAAGUCCCCGACUCAGGGAUUGAGCUGCAGUGCACCCUGGCCCCGGAUUGCAGCGUCAGCUGGGCGUGGAGAGUCAAACACGGUCAGCUGGAGAACAGGCCGUGAGGUCGCUCCUGUUCAGGAGGUUUUUACCUUGCUGAAAUGUGGAAUUGCAAAAGCUUCCGAGCACCCCUGCCAUGGAGCACCGCGCGCUGGAGUCUGGUGCUGAAGUAGGAUAGCAGCUCAGCACGGUGCUCUCACCUCGCUGCUGUUCCAGCCCUGUUCAGGACGCGUCCUGAGGCGUAGAUGUUCCCCAGAACAGUGGGCAGUGCUUGUUUUGGGUGUGCUAGAUUGAGCUUGAGAACGGGAGAUGGAGAUUCCUGCUCUUCAGAGGAGUGCGAGUGUCCUUUUCAGGAGAACGUGGAGACUGGAUGAGAGCUCCUGUUGCUCAGCUAAGGGGGAAGCCGGUUGUUCCUGGGCUGGAAGGAAGCUGAGCAUCUUCAGAGCGGCUGUCAGUGCCCAGGGGAGCAGGCUGGUGUCCUCCGGGCUGGAGGAAAGCCAGAACAUGGCUGCAGGCUGUGGGUGGCAGCAUCUCUGCCUCGAGCCUUUUGCACAGGGAGGACACAGCAGCAACUGCCUGGGUUCUGGGUUUCACCUUCCACACAGAUGUUUCCUUUCUGAAUCACAAAAGAGCUUUGUUUCCAGAAAGAGAUUUGCUUGCAGCUCUCAUCUUCAUAUCUCCUCCUGCCAUAGGAGCUGGGGCCGGAGGAGCACGGCAGGGGCAGACAGAGCCACGUCCUGCAGCCCCGCUGCCCCCACAGCUCCCCUGCAGGGGAUGGGGCAGAGGAUGUCCGCUCAGACAAACUCUGCAUCUGCCACCAGAUUCCAUCUCCUCUCUCAAUCUCACAUUCAGUCGUGGAUUCAGCCCUGAUUCAGCCCCUCCUCACCCGCUCAGCGUGGCAUGGACUGGGCCAACAGAUGGGCGCUUUGUGCCUUAAUUUCUGGUGAACUUUUUUACUGAUUUGUGUAUUUCUUUUUUGUAGUAUAUUGAAACUGCAUGUGCUGAAUUUGGGUGGGUAGGUGCUGCUCUCCCUUUGGUAACAGGUGGGCCCAAUCUGGGCUGUCUGGGAGACACAGCGAGGAGGGGCCAUUGAAGGGAAAUUCACUUAAAACAGCUCAAAAAAGUUCAGCUCUGUCCCUCUGCUUUGAGGAGCAGCGCCCCAUAACUGCUCUCCUUGGCUCCCACCACACGUGGCAGUGUUGUCCUUAACCAGAACCGUACAGCUGUGAUGCAGUAGGAAAGUGGAACUCUUGAAGAAAACUUAAACCCGGCCCCCUGUGGGUAUAAUUUCUUAUAGCACUUUUUUGUUCUGAAGCACUUACUUAAUCCUGUCUGAAUUACUGUCUGAAACGGGCUCCCAGCUGGAGGAAGUGUCCCACUAAAACGUGACGCAUUUCUGA